AUGGAGAAAAAAAAUCUAAGGGAAAUAUGCUUGAAAAUUUUAUGUAUUAAUUAUUUAUGUCAAUAUACUUUUAAAUUUUUAUUAUAUAUAUGUAAUUUUAUAGGUUUAAGUAAUGAAAAAAUAAUUAGAAAAAAGCAAAAUAAAUUGAAUAUAGAUUUAAAAGAUUCAUCUAUUAACUAUAAUUUAGAAAAAAAAAAUAGAGAAAAAUUAAAUUUUCAUGAAAUUUCUGAAAAUAUCAAGUACUUAAGUGAAAAUAGACAUGAGAAAAAUAAAAAUUCAAUAAUCAAAGGUAAAGCAUUAUUAAAUUCACCUAAAAAUAUAAAAUCACUGGAUAUACAAAAUUAUAUUACUAAGCAAAAUUCAUCUUACUAUGUGAAUAUAAACAAAAAUAAUCCACGUCAUGUUAAAGCAUACAAUAUUCAGAAAGAAAAAAAAAAAAAAAUGGGCAGUGAAAUAAGUUCUUUCAUUCAAAAUGAGGACUUAAAUUAUCAUGUAAAAGCAACUGAAAAAAUUAAUACAUACGAACAGUUGGUAAAAAAAAUUUAUACUAACCUAAAAAUUUAUAAUGAAUAUAAUGAAUCUAUUUUAAAUUACAAAGAAGGAUUGGUUAUGUACCAUUAUGUAGAUGGAUUACUUAGAAAGUUAGAACAUGAUAUAGAAACGAAUUUAGACUCUUUUCAAAAGAAUAUUGAAGAGAUAAAUAAUCAAAAAAUUGCUUUAGAUAAUAAAAAAUCAACUUUGGAUUCUACUAAAUAUAUAGAAUAUUACAAUAAUACAUACGUAAAGCAGGUAGAUGCAUAUAAAAAUAAUGCAAGAAACAUGGCUGAAAAUUUUCAACAAGAAAGCAAAAAAUUAUUUGAUAGAAUUAAAUUUAAGAUAAAAGAAAAUGCAUUUGAAGUAUAUCCAACAAAUUGUAUGGAAUAUAUUAAGAAACAAAAUGUAGAUCUUAUUAGUUAUAAUACAAACAAUACUUUUUUAAAUUCUAUAAAAGAUUUUUUCGAAUAUGAAGAUUCACUAAUAUUUUAUAUGGAGCAAGAUAAAAUAGAAGAAAAUGAUAUUCUGAUAUCGUUUUAUGAUAUUUUAGAAGAAAUUGGAAAUCAUAGAGAUAAUUUUUCUGUAGCCAAAAAUUUUUUAUCUGGUCGGAUUGAAUACUUAAAAAACAAUAGUUCACAUAGGGGGAAUAAUCAAAGAGAACCUACUAUUGGUGGUGAAGAUGAAAUAAAAAAUAUAACACCUAAUAUAAUAGCCAGAUGUGAAGCUUUUGUUGCUUUGAAUAAGAUGGAAGAAGAAAAGCUAUUAAUUGAAAAAAAAAUAAAAAAUUAUGAAGAUAUUUUAAAAAGUACUGAAGAAAAAUGGUUAAAAAAACUAGAUUCACCUGAUUAUCUAGUCAUUCAAUUAGAAAGACAUAGAAUUGUUUCAGAUUCGCAAUCAAUAAUAGAUUCUGUAAGUAUCAUAAUUUCUGAGAAUGAAGCAAUUAUAAGAGACUUAUCAAGUAAUUACAAUAUUUCGACAUUUUCUACUAAUAAAAAUCAACUAAUUCAAGAAUUCGAAAAAAUGAAUUCAAAUUACAAUAGCAUGCAAAAUGAGUUUCGAUCUAUGAAAGAAAAAAAUGGAAGUAUUACACCUAAAGAAAAUUUGGUUCAAAUAACAAAAAAUGAAUCAAGAUUCCCCAAUGAAAAAGACUUAGAAAAAGUUAGAAUUUUUUUUCAAAGAAUUAAAGAUGCGGAAAAUGAAAUAAAAUUAAUAAGGGACAUUUUUGAUAGGUUAAAGCUUAACCAAGCUGAAUUAAAUAGAUUAAAGGAUGAAUUUUAUAAAUUAAAAGGAAUUGUUACACAAAGAUAUGAUGAACUAAGAGAUUUAAAGCGACAAGAAGAAUCUAAAAAAAUAGCUAUGGAAAAUGUAAAAAAAAAAAUAAUGGAAAUAAAUUCAAAAAUAAAUGAUUUAAGCAAAAUUAAUGCUUCUAAUGGAAAUGAGAACGAAGAUCUUGGAACAGUUGAGAAUUUAAUUAAUGAAGCGUUAUGUGAUAUGAGUAUUUUUAUAAAAAGAAAAAAUGAAAUAAAAGAACAAAUUAAAACUCAAUUUGAUUCUUUGAAUGAUAUUAAAAAUUCUAAUUUAUUGAAAAAAAUAUCACUAUUUAUUAAAAAUAAUGAAAAUUACAAAUCACAGGGAUUAACCAAACUUAAUACUAUAUUGAGUGAAGCCAAUCAAUUAUCUAACGAAAUAGAUAGUAUUAUAAAAAAUGCUAGAAAACAGAGUGAUGAUAUAGAGAAUACAAUAAAUAAUGUUGCGAAACUUAAAAGUGAUGUUGAAUUGAAAUUAAUUGACGAUUUGUAUAAUAAAAUUAAAACCUUAUUUGAACAAUUUAAUAGCUCUUCAAGUAUAUUAGCUUCUAAAAUAAGUGAAUACGAAAAAAAAAAAGAAAGAUUUAAAAUUUAUGAAGGUGAUAUGACUAAUAGAAAAAAUGAAUUUUUGAGUAAAUAUAUAGAGGAAGAUAACGAUAAACUUGCAGGAAGAAACACUUUCAAUGAAUCUCUGAAUCUUCAAAGAGAACUUGUCAAUGACAAAAAUGAGAUAAAUGAACAAUUAAACACAGAAAAUAGUAUUAUAGAUAAUCUUCAAAAUCAUUUAAAAAUGUACAGUAAUGUAUCAUCAUUUUUUGAAAAGUUUAAGGAAAAUCAAAAAGUUAAGGAUUUUAUAAAGUUAAAACAAAUCAUUGAUCAAAAUUAUAUAGGUGACGUAUCAAUGGAACAUCAAAAAAGAUUUAAAAUGGAAACGGAUUCAAUAAAUGAAAGUGUAAAAGUUAUUGAAAUUUCAAAUAAAAAUAUAGUAACAUUUAAAAUAUUAAACUUUGUUAUAAAUGAAUCUAAUAAAAAUAAAAAUAUGAUUGAUGAUUUAGAAAUAAAAAUGAAUGUAUUAAAAGAAAAAUUAGAAGCAUAUAUUAAUGAAAUUAGUGGAGAUAACUCAUUAGAACAAAAUGUAAAAGAAGACACCAUAAGAAAAUUAUAUGAGGAACAAAAUAAAAUAAAAAUUGUAGAUCAAAUUAAAGGUUUAAAGAAAGAAUCAGAAGAUCUACUGAAAUCAUCAGAAGAUUUGAAAAUAGUUGUUGAUAGCGUUAAAAUAAUAGAUGAAGCACAAUCACAUUUAGAAAAGGUAUCACAUAAAAGACUUGAAUCAACAGGUAUUACACAAAAAAUAAAUGAUUUAAGAUCAAAAUAUGUAGAAUUAGAUGGAAAUGUUGAUAAUAUAAUUAGAAUUCAUAAUGCUAGUAUUGUAAAAUUAUAUUAUGAUCAUAUAAACGAAUUAUAUCAGCAUAUCACAAAUGAAGCAAGCAGAAAUUUGGGAACUUUAGAGGAAACGAAACAAAAAUUAGAAAACGUUAAUUUUGAAAGUGAUAAAGAAAAAAUUAAAAAUGAAAUUAAUAAAAAAAAAAUAAAUGAAAUAGAGCAAAAAAUUAUUAAAAACAGGAAUAAAAUUAACUCAUACGAACAAAGCUUAAUAAAUAAUAAAGUAAAAUCUAGAGAACAUAUAAAUGAAGCUAACCAAAUCAAAGAAAACAAUAAAAAUUUAGAUCAUCAGAAAUCCAAUAUGAAGGAUAUAUAUGAAAAAAUAAAAAAUAUAUUAGAAAAACUUGAUGUUUCUAAAAGAGAACUUCAUAUUUCAGUAGAUGAAAUAAAAAUAUUUAUAUUAGAAUAUGAUAGAGAGUUAGUUUUUGAUUUUGUACAACAAAUUAAUGAUGAAAAAAAAGAAGCUGAAAAAGAAAUUGAAGCUAUUGAACAAUUUAAGAGAAAAAUUGAACAAUUAAAAACAAAUUUAGAAAUUACAGAAACUGAAUUGGAAAAUUUCAACUAUGAUGACCAUGCUAAUAAUGCAAAAAUAAAUAAUAACAAUAUAAUAGAAUUAACACAACAAGCUAAUAUAUUAAAAGAAGAGGCAUUUACUUCUGAAAGAGAAAAUUCACUUGAAAGAAUAAAAAAAGAUGUUGAAAAAUAUAUAAAAGAUGCUGUAAUAUAUAGAAGUAUCAUAAAAAAUAAAUUAAAUGAAAUUGCAAACAUAGAAAACUUGUUGGCAUCUCAAAAAUUUAAAAGUAUUAUAAGUGAAAUUAGAGACAAUAUGAACAAAGCUAGAAUAGAAAAUGAGAAAGCAAAAAAUGAGUUAGAAAAAUUAAAUAGUACAAUGAUUGGAAUAAUAAAUUAUUAUAAAAAUGCACAAGAAUUAAAGGAUUCAAUCAAAAUAAGUUUAGAUGAAAAUAAUAUUGAUAAUAAAAUAGAAGAAAUUAAAAAUUAUAAAAGUAGUAUUUUAAGUACUAUAAAAAGUAUAGAUGGAAUUAUAACAGACUUUGCAAAAUUCAAAGGAACCUCUUCGGUACAUCACAACAAAAUAGUAAGAGGAAAUGAUAAAAUAAAUUAUUUAAAAAAUCAUAAAAAAGAUUUAGACAAUGAAAUAACGGAAGAAAUAAUAGAAGAAAUACGAGAUUAUGUAAAAGACUCUGGAUAUUAUCUAGAUGAAGCAACUAAAAAUGAACAAAAAGUUAAUGAAAGCUAUAAAUCAAUUUUAGAAUACGAAGAACAUAUGAAUAUCCUUUUACAUGAAUCAUUGAUUUUAGCAGAAAGAAUGAAAACUGAAAAAAAGAAAAAUAUUGUAAUAGGUGUAAGAAAUGAUAUCCAGAGUGUUUAUUCUAAAAUUAAAGAAUCAAUAGAAAAAAUGAAGCAAAAAUUAAAAGGGUUAAAAGAACAAACUAAUAGAGUAAAAGCAAAAAAUGAUGAUAAUAAUGAAAAAUCUUCCAAUGCAUUACUUGAAAUAGAAACUUUAAGAACGUAUGUGAAUAUUAAUAUAUCUGAAAUAGAGGAAAUAGAAAAAGACAUAGAAAAUAUUCAUUUCACAGUUGAAAAUGGAGUAGAUUCAAUUUCAACUAGGGAUAAUGAAGAUGAUAAAACUCCAUCAAAUAUAUUAAAAAAAGAACAAAAUCAUUUAAAACAAAUUUCAAAUAUUUUAGAAAAAGUUGAAAGCGCUAAAGUUCUUUUGGAUAAUGAAGAAAAAAAGGUAAAACAAUUAGAAAUUAAGAUUAAUAUCACUGAAGAUAAAUUAGAAAAGUAUGAAAAAGUUUAUCAUGAAGGAGUUAUUGAAGAAAUAAAAAAAAUAGCUGAUCAGGAAAUGGAAAAUAUGGAAUCAAUGAAGAAUUCAAUAAACUCAAUGAUUGACAUUUCAGUUAUUUUUUAUAAAAAAUAUUCAUUAGAUAAAAAUGAUGUUACACAAAUAUUUGAAAAUCCCAAGAGAAGGAUUAAUGACAUAUAUAAUAAAUUCAAUGAAACAUAUAAAAAAAUAGUUCAUAUUUCAAAAGAAGUUUUAGAAUCUUCUAUGGUCAAAGAAGUAGCAAUAGAAAAAAAAAAAAUGGCCAAAAUCCUAAAAGAAAAAUUAAUAAAGCAAAAAGAGGAAAUGAUCCAAUUAUUAUCUAUUGUUAGCAACAUUAAAAAAGAUGAAACAUUAAAAUUAAUAUCUAAGAUGAAAGAACAAUUAUAUGAUUUAUAUAAAAUUGCUGAAGAAGAACAUUUAAAGGUAAAAUUAUAUAUAGCAAAUAUUAAUAAAAACUCUGAAGAUAUUAAAAAUUUAGAUGAUGCAGCUACUGCUUUGAAAAAAUUAGAUCAAGCAAAAAAUCAGGAUUCUGAAAUAAAUAAAAUUAAAACAAAAUUCUCCUCUUAUAAAAAUGAAUCAGAUUUAAUUUAUAGCAAUAUUGCUGAAGCAGGAAAAUUUAUAGAUAUUAUCGAAGGAUCAGAAAAUUACGAAAUUAUAAAUGAAGCACAAAAUAUUGUUAACAUAAUAAAAGAAAAAUCUGAUGACAUAGAUAGUAAAGAAAAUGAGGGUAAAAAUAUUAUUGUCGAAUCUCAUAGUAUUAUAGAGCAAAUAAAAUCUAGAUUUAAGUUAAAAAAAUAUAUUAGUGGAUUAAAAAUUAAGGCAAAUAAUACUUUAAACAUAUUAAAAGGCAUAAUUGAGAAAUCUCAAAAAAUUAAAGAGCUAAAUAUUACUUAUGAAGAAGAUAAUGAAAUUCUUAAAAAAAAUGAAAGAUACAAAAAAUUGAUAGAUUCCAUAAAUUCAUACCAACAUCAAUUGAGUACAAUAGAAAAUGAAUUACAAUUAGACAUAAAUGAAAUUGAUUCUAAUGAGUUUAAAAAUUCUCUAGAUGAACUAGAAGAGAAUAUUAAUAACUCAAAAGAAAAUGAAAAUACAAGUAGAAUACUUGAAGAAGUAAAAAAUGAUAUCAGUAAAAUUAUGAAUAAAAUAAACAAUAAAUAUAGAAACGCUUUAAAAAAAAAAUCUUCGGUUGAUGAAUUAUUGGAAUUAGGAAAAAAUGAUAGAUUUUUAUUAUUAGAUUUAAUUUUUACUAAUAUUGACUUUGAAAUAUCAAAAGAUAAAUCAUUAAUUCAAAAAAAAAAGAAAUACAUUGAAUCAACUACAGAAUACAUAAAGAAUAAUGUUGUUUCUAUGAAUAAUAAUAUUAACACUUUAAAUAAAUAUCAUAUCGGAAAUCCUUUGAUUAAUCAUAAAAAAAUACAUAUUGAAAAUGCUGUUAAAUAUUCAAAUGAUUCUAAAAUACAAGAGCAAGAAGCUAUACAAGUCAUCAAUAAUAUACGAGAUACACUUCCGACAUUAAAUGAAAGAGAAUAUACAGUUAAUGUUAAUGAAUCUUUUCAGACAUUAACAGAUCUUUAUAAAAAAUUGCAAAAAAAAAAAAAGGACAUAAGUGAAAUUUAUAAAAGUAUGAAUUAUAAUAAACUUGAAGAGAUGGAAGAACAUUCUAAAAAAUACUUUGAUAUAGCAAAAUUUUUUGAAGGAUUGUCAAAUUCUCAAGAAAAUAAAUUAAUAAAUAACAAAGAGAUGUUAAAAGAAGUUAGAGAUUAUAUAAAAGAAAAAGAGCAAGAGUUACAAAACAUUACAUCUACAUAUACAAAGGAAUCUUCAGAAAAAAUAAGUGAAAUAUUCAAAAAUAUUUCAUUGAAAUUACCUAAAAUAAAAGAAUUAGAAGAUGUCAGUAGUAAUGAAAAUAAAAAAAUGAUAAAAUAUCUAGAGCAUAUCUCUAAUUUAAUAGAAGGAGUGCAAAAAUUAUUGAAUGAUACAGAAUAUUACCAAUAUGAGGAUAAUGAUUUAUCUGAGGAAGAAAAUAAAAAAAUUACAGAUGAAUCAGAUGCCUACAUUAAAAGAAUUAGUGAAAAAGCAAAUGAAUCAAAAUUAAUUUUUCAGAACAUAAAGAAUAACAUAGAAACAAAUAAAAAAAUUUUAUUAGACUUUAACAGGUCACUUCUUGCUGUUAAUGGCAAUAUUCAGAAUGUAAAUAAAAUAAAAGAGAAUUUUGAAAAAAUAUUACCUUCAAACGAAAAAGAAAACAAUAUUAAAAAAUAUUUAAAUGAGAUUCAAGGAAUAAUUAAUGAAAAUGAAGGAUAUGGUAAAAUUAAAGAAGAAAUAGAAAAAAUAAAUAAAAAAAUUGAAAAAAGAGAAAAAAGAAUUAAUAAUUAUAUGGAUCCUAACGAAAUAAAUAAUGAAAUUAAUGAUAUUGAAAAGGAUUAUAAUUAUUUAGAAAAAGAGCAAACAAAUAUUAAACAUAUGUUAAAAAUUAUAAAUACAAUAAAAGAAAAAAUGGAUAUAGAAUUUAGUAACAUCUUAAAAGAUGAUAAUAUAGUAGAGAAUAAAAAUGAUGAGAAAUAUAUUCAAGAAGAAGAAAAAAUAUAUAAAGAAUUAAUAUAUAAAAGCUAUAAAAUAAAAGACUUAAUAGAACAACUGAAAAACCAAAAAAUUAUGUUAAUAAAUAGAAAGGAUAUUAAAAAUUUUCAAUAUGUUAAGAAGAAUCAUGAAUCCAAUAAACAAAAGAACUUUAAUACUAAUAAAGUUAAAUUCGCAGGAGGUGCAUUUUGUAUCUUAUUAGUUUGUUCUGGUGCAUUAUACUUUGUUUUUUAUAAAAAAAAGAAUACAAAGGAUAAUGAAAAUGGUGAAAGUGAUGAAAAUGAUGAAACAUAUAUAGAUUAUGAAUGUGACAAUGAUAUGAUUAGUUUUCAUAAAGGUAAUGACGUUAUUGCUAAAACUUUUCCUGAAGAGCAAUUUUAA